AGGUUACAGAAGACCGCACUGAGUCUGGCGCCUGGUGAGUUCCCACCGAGCUGUUCGUGGCCUUCUCUCCCCGUGUUUCUGUUCCCUGUUCCGGGUCCGUUUUUAUCUGCCGUCCGUCUUCCGGAACCUGGAAACCGGAAACGUUGAUAUCGUCUCUUAAAAGGCUCCCAAGCUGUUGACAAGAUGUUGAGGAGUGCGUCCGCACGGAUCUUCAGACAGGUGGUGAGAAAUGUGAGCACAGACGCCAGCCUCAUCCUGGAGAGAUCCAUAAACCGCGUGCAGCUGCUGGGCCGAGUGGGUCAGGACCCGGUGAUGAGACAGGUGGAGGGCCGCAACCCGGUGACCAUCUUCUCCUUGGCGACCAAUGAAAUGUGGCGCUCUGGAGACGGAGAGGCGAGCGCAACGGGUGACAUCAGCCAGAAGACGACGUGGCAUCGCGUGUCGGUGUUCAAACCGGGUCUGAGAGACGUGGCCUACCAGUACGUCAAGAAAGGGUCCAGGAUCCUCGUGGAGGGGAAACUGGACUACGGAGAAUACGUGGACAAGAACCAGGUCAGACGCCAGGCCACCACCAUCAUCGCAGACAACAUCGUCUUCCUGAGCGACAACGUCCGAGAGAGAACCUGAAGCUCUUUCCUCUUCGUCUCCAACGCGACGACGACAACAACAACAACAACAACAACAACAACAACAACGCAACCACUUUUUUUCCGUAUUCUCCAGUUUUAUACAGAAAAAUAAAAAGGAAGCAGACGUGCUCAAAGAGAAGGGGGGGGGGAUUAUGACGUGACACUCGGGUCGAGGUCAUCGAGAGAAGCAGAAAGGUUGUUGUUGUUGUUGUGUAAACAGACGUGCUGGUUAUUGUUUUUCAUUGUGCUACUUGUACAUAAGCGUGAAAGAUGUUGAGGAAGUUGUAGCGACUCUGAUCUUUAGAAAAACGUUAUUAUUUCUUCUCAUUAAAUCAGAAAUUGUUUCUUUAUGGCGUUUGUUGGGAACUAUUUUCAGAUUAUUGGUGGUUUUGUUUACCACCCACGAAGAAGCUCUCGGUUCUACGUUCUACGUUCUCUUUGUGGGACGUCAGCUGUGUUUCUUGUGGUCGAAGUUUGUUCCUGCAGAUGAAACGUUGUUCAAAUUCACUUUUUAGUUUCACACUUUUUCUGUUUUUGUUUUCGUUGCAUCCGAACAUUUACGUACGAUUUGAUGUGUUGUCAAUGUUUAUCUGCCCAUUGUUGUUGUUGUUGUUGUUACAGUUAUGUUUGUUUCCUCAUUUCUCUGUAAUAGUUGGUAUAAUAGACUUUCUUUUAUUUUUACACACUAUUUUUGUCUUCACAUUUGUGUUCUUCUUCCUCUAACGUGUCUAGUUCCACAAAGAGCACUUUUUAGAGGACAGAAAGCUACAAGUAACCAUUAAAAACUCAAAAGUGUAAAAAAAGA